AUGUCCAAUGACUCCAACUAUGAUGUGGCAGUGGAACAGAAUACAGGCCUUUUAAAUGCUACUAUAUCUGGGGAUGACAUAGGGCUGCUGGACACACCGAUGCUGCGCCGCAACGUUCGCUUCGUUCUGCUGUGCCAGCACUGUGCCUGUGUGACCAGCUUCAACGCGGUGGGCACCAUCCUGCACGGCCUCCGCGCCCUCUGCGUGCCCAUUAACCGCCUGACCUGCUGGGUCCUUUUUGACUUCCAGGUGGCUCUAGGCCGUGGCAUGGGCAUCACCCUCAUACUCAUGGCCCUCAACACCUGCCUGUCCAUCCUGCGGCCGCUCCACUACCCAGCGCUGAUGCGUCGCAUUCGGUCUUCCGUCAUGGCGCUGGCUUGGUUCGUGGCCCUGCUCAACCCGGUUCUGUUCACUGUCCUGGCCUGCGCUCAGUCCUCUUGGGCCUAUGUGGUGGAGCUGGACCCCGUGUGCUCCACCACGCUGGAGAGUCCCGCGUCUCGGUUCAGCAGCCUGGCGCUGGUGGUGUUCUUGGUACUGCUCAUCAUGACCAGCUACGUGCUCAUCUACAUGGAGGGCUGCCGGGCGGGGCAUUUCUCACGCUCCAACAGCAGCGGGCGCCGCACCAUCCUGAUCCACAUGCUACAGAUGAUCCUGUACCUGCUCCCUCUGGUGCCCAUCAUCACCAGGUGGAAGCAAAAUAUGGCCGCCACAGUGACCAACUUCGUGGUGUUCCUAGUGGGGCAGGCACUCAGCCCCGUGGUGUACGGCCUGCGUUGCCGGGAACUCCGAGAGCAGCUUCCCUACUUCCUCCCCCGCUGGACAAAAGUUUUCCAGACCUGCAGCGACACCACAGACUGCUCUAGUACAGAGACCCCCACUCAGCACUGGAACUGCAAUGAUCUCCAGAACCGCGACUAG